UACUCGUGACUCCGUGGAACUUCAGUCCCAUCCGAUCCGACUCCAGAGUCAGCCUCUGCCUCUGCUUUGGUGGUAAAUGAAGUUCGCUUGGCCUUGUCGCACGCCAGUCUGCCUCUGACAUUUGCACGUCGCGCUUCAUCGUCUGCGUUCCGUCUGCGCCGCCGUCUCCGACUUCUGUGAUAUUUCUAUUUUAUUGGCCAAAAGAGCAAGCAAGAGUGCCGAAAAUACAAAAUAACAACAACAAAAAGGCGAACCAAAGCCGCUUACAAUAUCAGAAAAUUUGAUUUUUGUUGAGCGAACUUGAGCUGUGAUUUAUAUCAAACGCAAUGAAAACGCUCUGCUCUUUCCUUCGUCACACACUCAGCCUUGUUCUGCUGAUGGUUUCCAUACAGUCGUCCUGGGCAGCUCCUGCUCUGCGCUUCAGCGAUAACGAGGUGGAUGAACUGGAGGCAUAUCCCACAUCGCCCAGCCAAGUGCUGCCUAUCCAGCCGCUGCUCAUCUAUCCGCAACAAAGGGCCAAUCUCUACCAGGCACGCACCUUGGGGGGCAACGAUGAUAGGGACAUCAUUUUCGUGAAGCUGCUGCAGGACAAGUCCAGUGGCUACCGGCCCAAGCAGCAGCGCCUUGUCAUGGAGGAGGAGAAACCCGCGCAGCGCAAGGAGCUGGGCCUGAAGGACUUCUUCUAUGUGAAGGCCCACACAAACGGGCGCUUCAGUCACGAGCGCCUGAAGGUCUACAGAGUGCCCGAGUUCUACGCCAUCAGUGUGUUCCGCAACGGAGACACAUAAGCAGGGAGGAAGGGUGGCGAGAAUGCGCUGCAUCUUAACGAUGCACAGAAGUAAUUUAAGUUAUUUUUAAGACGCUAUAAAUAAAUACCAUACCUCAG